AAUCCGUCAUCAUGAGCUCCUUGAGCUGGCGGAGCCUGGCUCCCGCAUCUAAGAUUUCCCGCGCCUUGAGGGAUCAGAGACGUCUCUUCUCCUCCUCCCGCCCUGCUGCCCGGAUCUUUGGCAGCGGACCCCUGCGCGCCAAGGAGGCCAAUGGCUACAUCUCCGACAAGUACCCUGUCAUUGACCACGAGUACGAUGCUGUCGUCGUCGGUGCCGGUGGCGCUGGUCUCCGUGCCGCUUUCGGUCUUGCCGAAGCUGGCUUCAACACUGCCUGUGUCUCCAAGCUCUUCCCUACGAGAAGUCACACUGUCGCCGCUCAGGGUGGUAUCAACGCUGCUCUUGGAAACAUGCACGAGGAUGACUGGAGGUGGCACAUGUACGACACCGUCAAGGGUUCCGACUGGCUUGGUGACCAGGAUGCCAUUCACUACAUGACCAGAGAGGCUCCUGCUAGUGUUCGUGAGUUGGAGGGCUACGGUUGCCCCUUCUCCCGUACCGAGGAUGGUCGUAUCUACCAGCGUGCUUUCGGUGGUCAGUCCAAGGAGUUCGGCAAGGGUGGCCAGGCCUACCGUUGCUGUGCCGCCGCUGACCGUACCGGCCACGCCCUUCUCCACACUCUCUACGGACAGUCUCUCCGCCACAACACCAACUACUUCAUUGAAUACUUCGCCCUCGACCUUCUGAUGGAGGAUGGUGAGUGCCGUGGUAUCAUCGCCUACAACCAGGAGGACGGUACCCUCCACCGCUUCAAGGCUCACCACACCGUCCUGGCCACCGGUGGUUACGGACGUGCCUACUUCAGCUGCACUUCUGCCCACACCUGUACCGGUGACGGUAUGGCCAUGGUUGCCCGUGCCGGUCUCCCCAACCAGGAUCUGGAGUUCGUCCAGUUCCACCCCACUGGUAUCUACGGUGCCGGAUGUCUGAUCACUGAGGGUUCCCGUGGUGAGGGUGGUUACCUGCUCAACUCCGAGGGUGAGCGUUUCAUGGAGCGUUACGCUCCCACUGCCAAGGAUCUGGCCUCCCGUGACGUCGUCUCUCGUUCCAUGACCCUCGAGAUCCGUGAGGGCCGUGGUGUCGGUCCCGAGAAGGACCACAUCUACCUCCAGCUCAGCCACUUGCCCGCCGAGCUCCUUCACGAGCGUCUGCCCGGUAUCUCCGAGACCGCCUCUAUCUUCGCCGGUGUCGAUGUCACCAAGCAGCCCAUCCCCGUCCUGCCCACCGUCCACUACAACAUGGGUGGUAUUCCCACCAAGUACACCGGUGAGGUUCUGACCGUUGACGAGAACGGCCAGGACAAGGUUGUCCCUGGUCUGUAUGCUUGCGGUGAGGCCGCCUGUGUGUCCGUCCACGGUGCCAACCGUCUGGGUGCCAACUCUCUUCUCGACCUGGUCGUCUUCGGUCGUGCCGUCUCCCACCGUGUCCGCGACAUCGCCACCCCUGGCAAGGCCCACCGUGAGCUGGCCUCCGAUGCCGGUGCCGAGUCCAUCAAGGACCUCGACUUUGCCCGCAACGCCGACGGUCCCAAGUCUACUUUCGAGAUCCGCAACGCUAUGCAGAAGACUAUGCAGACUGAUGUCAGCGUUUUCCGUACCCAGGAGAGUUUGGAUGAGGGUGUUGAGAAGAUCAAUGCUGUCGACAAGCUGUACGACCAGGUUGGCACCAAGGAUCGCAGCAUGAUCUGGAACUCCGACCUUGUUGAGACUCUUGAGCUCCGUAACCUGUUGACCUGCGCUACUCAAACCGCCAUUGCUGCUGCUAACCGCAAGGAGUCCCGUGGUGCCCACGCCCGUGAGGACUACCCCGAUCGUGACGACGAGAACUGGAUGAAGCACACUCUCACCUGGCAGAAGAAGCCCCACGGUGACGUCCAGCUGGGUUACCGUGCCGUUGAGCACAAGACCCUGGACGAGAACGAGUGCAAGCCUGUGCCUCCCUUCAAGCGUGUGUACUAAGCGUAUCUGAGGCCAGGGGGGUUAGGGGGUGGUGAGAAGAGGGUAGUGAACGAAAAGAGCGAGGCGAAAAUUCGACCGUGUCUAUUUCCGUGUGUUUAUAUGUGUAUAUCCAAGGGUUUUUCCAGGCGAUGAGUUUGGUGUACUCACGUGUGU